AUGAUAAGGUUGUAUAUUAAUAUGAUGUGCGAUUUGCCGUGUUUCAGGUCCGCCAUUAACUUUAAUCACGGUGACAAUAUAAUGAUCUUCCGCAAAUUACAUCUCAUAACAUAUCAAGGAAAGUCACACAAGAACUAUCUAAAUUUAACACACUAUUAUCUGAGUUUACUGCAUGGGUUUGCACCUGAACAUGUAGCUCAUGCCAUGAAAUGGAAUUCAACUUGCAAUACUAAUGGUGGACAGAACAAAAAUAACCCACAUGAUAUAGUGACGGAAUUUGUAGUGGGCGACACGAAGGAAGCCUUCUCUCAUUCAAGUGGGAAACUCACGGAAAAGAUGAUAAGAAUUCGAGGAUCCUCAGGAGGAAACCUUGCAGAAAUUGAAAAGCGCGCUGCAAAAGAGCUUAUGGGAGAAGAGUUCACCCCAGUUGUUGGGAAAGCUCACAGGUUUUUGCAGGAAGUAACAGACUGCUCACAAUAUUUAGUUUCAGAGUGCGAAAAUUUAUUUGUUAAGCACACAAAUCUUUCCAAAAUUAGAGUGCAUUCCGGGUUUGAAAAUUUCAAUAACGAUUUCAUGUAUAUCGGGAAUUACUUUGAAUAUGAAAAGGCUAUGAAAAACUUAUCCAAAAACCUGUCAAAAAUAUCGCGUAUACAAAAUAGAAAAUAUGCCAUCGACAUGAACGUUGGAGUUAACGUGUUGGAGCAAGAUAACUUCUCAAGUUAUACUAGUAUAGCCUAAGUUUUUCCACACAAUUGUUACAAAUAAUAUGAUUUUAAAAAUUUACGUUGGCAGAAGUAUAACACCAUUACAUACUAUUAUUAAUUAAUAAUACUUAUACCCUGAUUGAAAAAGUUAUGCACUAUGCGGGUAGAGCCGACAUUUAUUUUUUAUAGAACAUUUUAUUUCUCCUCACCAGAGCAAUAAAACUAUUUUUAAACAAGACAGUGUUUGCCAAAAAAAGAUUCACCAUCAAUCCGAAAAACUAUAAUUUUUCAGAGUUUUACGAAAUUUCGAUAAAAAUGUAAUUAUUUCAACCACACCCACACCCUGAAAUCGAAAUAACCAAAACCCAGAUUGAAUUUCUACCUUGCGGGUCCAUUUCAUACCUCAAAUUAUUUUUGCCGGCCGUAAGGAUAUUUUGAACACUGUGCGGCGG